GGACGCCGUGCAGGUAAUCGCAGCAGAGUAGAGUUCCGCAGAUCCUCUUCAUCGUCCGUUAAAACGAACUCAAGUUUUAUUGCUGGGGCCCCUUGUGGAUCUUUCUCCAAGUCUGAGCCUGCAGGCAAAAGCCUUUACCAGGCGUCCAUUUCCCAGUUUCUUGCGGUGGAUGGAAAAACGAAGGGGAAGCUUGUUAAAGUUACAGAGGGAAAUCCAGUAUUGUUUUCAGGCAAGAAAAGUAAAAAUGUCGGGCUGAUGUAUAAAUGCCAUUUUCUGGAUUGGAAAUGACCCUCAUUUGACCUGGAAAAACUAAGGAUCGGUCUGGGAUGGGAGGCCACGAGGAAAUCCUAAGGAUGUAGGCUUGGAGGCAACUUCAAUUAUUACAGCCAAGAACAUUUGAAAGCAGAAUAAAGCAUUUUGAUGUUUGAAUGUGCUGAGGAAGUACAGUUUUCAAUAUUAUGGAGGAUAGUGAAGGAAAUCCAAAAAAGCAACUGAUUUCUGAGCUUCACCAGCUUGCGGCUGAUGGAAACAAAGCCAGACUUACAGCACUUCUGGAUCGUUCUCCUUCGCUUAUCAAUGAAACUGCUAGGAAUGGUUGGACAGCCCUAAUGUAUGCAACUAGAAAUGGUCACUUUGAUGUUGUGCAGGUUCUUCUUGAUAAGGGGUGUGACAGGUUUAGAACCAAUACUUCAAACCAGACUGCAUUGGAUAUUGCUAGAUUUUGGGGCUAUAAAAACAUAGCCAAUUUAUUAGCAAAUAUGGAAGGUGGAUUGGAACCAUUUUUCUUCACUUAUCAAGUCAAAGAACAGGAGCAUUAUUUUUGCAGGACAUUUUUGGAUAGGAAGAGUGAGAAGAGAGUAGAUUCAAAGUGGCUGAGCAUGAAACAGAAGGAACCAACAACCAUAUAUAUCAUUUUUUCACAUUUAAAUCCUUUGGUUACAUCAGAUGAUGAUGAACAUAGUUUCCAGUAUCCAAAGGUUAAGCUUUGUAAAUUUUUCUAUAAGGAUAUAAAGACAUAUCUGGAGCAGACUAAAACUAUCACUAUAAUUUUUAUGGGAGUGGAACCUCAAAGAAUAAAUGCAAAAGAUCCGAAUACAGGCAAAGAAGAUGAGAAUGGCCUGAUUACCUGGUUUGCACUUAGUAUAGAUUCUACAGUGGUUGAUAAUUUUUUACAAGAGCAUCCAGGCUGUUACUUUCUUCGUCCACCAAUGCCUGCACUGCUCCAAUUCUCUGAAAAUGAAGCAGGAAUCAUUGCCCAGGCUAGAUCUGUGCUAGCAUGGGAUAACCGGUAUCAAUUUUGCCCAACAUGUGGCAAUGCAACUAAAUUAGAAGAUGGAGGCUACAGGAAAUCAUGCUUAAAAGAAGACUGCCCCAGCCAUCAGGGAAUUCAUAAUACAUGCUUCCCAAGAGUUGAUCCUGUAGUAAUAAUGCAAGUCAUUCAUCCAGAAGGCAAUCACUGCCUUUUGGGAAGAAAAAAAAGAUUUCCCCCAGGCAUGUUCACUUGCCUUGCUGGAUUUGUAGAACCUGGUGAGACAAUUGAAAAUGCUGUUCGAAGGGAAGUAGAAGAGGAAAGUGGAGUUAAAGUGGGCCGUGUUGAGUAUGUCUCUUGUCAACCAUGGCCAAUGCCCUCCUCACUAAUGAUUGGAUGCAUAGCAGCUGCAAUGUCUACCGAAAUUAAAGUUGACAACAUUGAAAUAGAAGAUGCCCGCUGGUUCAGUAGAGAACAGAUAAUAGAGAUCCUCAACAAAAAGAACAAAAAUAUUUUUGUGCCACCACAUCAGGCCAUCGCUCAUCAGUUGAUAAAACACUGGAUUGGAAUGAAUGCUAAUCUUUAAAUUCAGCAAGCUAUAUAUUUGCAUUGCAUCAUAACUGCAUCUUUUAAGAUAAAAUUAAACUUAAUGUAAUUAUAGUAGUAAUUUUAGAUUUUCAAUUCUUUCAUUCCCCACAUUCCUGUAAUUACUCCCUGUAAUAUUUAUACAUACAGUUCUUUUUAGAAAUUUUGUCAAACAUUGGCUAAUUGAUAAAUAGGCUGAUAAAAGCUUAUUUGAUUAGGAAAUAAGUUGGGUGUUCUAGCAAGUACUGUACAUAUAGUACCUAUGAUAACCUGGUUAGACCUGUUGACCUCCGAAGGUUUUUUUUUUUAAUGUUAUUAAAAAUUUAAAUGAGAAGUGCCCAAAAAAUCUCGUAAGCCAAAUCUUACAAAAUCUCUAAAUUGUUAUCCAAGCUCAUAUGAAAUGGAGGUGGGGGGGGGGGGGGGUUUCAUAAAAUUGCACAAGAAUGACACACUUGUAAUGAUUUUUGAUGCCUGGUAUAGAAUAUUAAGUAGUAUUUUAUCAUUAGUUCAUUAAACAUAGCAAAAUUGUCAAUAUAGUAUCAGUAUAAUAUUCUUACCAAUGUACUAUGCAAUUCUUUAAACAAAAUUGUAAAAAUCCUAUUAAAAGAAUAGACAUUGCAUUACCAAUGUGAACUAAAAUCUCAUUCUUAUAAGAAGAUUGCUGUUUUGAACAGCAUUACCAUUAGCAUUACUAAAUCAUAAAGCUAUAAUUUGGAGUUUCUGGAUAUAUUUGCAUUAAGCAGAUCCUUAUUAAGAAAAUGUGUCAUCAAUAUUAUAUUAAUAUUAUUAACUGUUUAAAUUGAGAGAAGUUUUGAGUUAGCAAGCUGACUUUUGGCUUUUUUGUCCCCUGGAGCUCUUUAAUAAAGUCUUCCUAAACCCUUCAGCUGUGUGACAUCUAUUAAAAAGAUUUUGCCUCCGUAGAGAGUUCACUAACAAAGUUGUUCUCUGCAUUUUCUUCGCUCAAUACCCCUAGUCCAAUUAUAUCAAAUUGAAGUUAAAUAUAUUGCAGACUAACACUGAAACAAAAGUGCAGGAAGUAGAACAAAUGGCACAAUCCAAGUUUUAACCAGCAGCUAUGAACCUGGUUUUCUUUUUAUACUGCAAGAUGAAGGAUGCUGUCUGUGGAACUC